UCCUCGUUGCAAUAUUUCCAAAAAUUUGGGGAAGGCGGCGGGUUUGCCAAAAGUCGUGUGCGCCAGACGCGAGAUGGCCAAAAGUCGAGCCGUUGCCCGAUGCUUCCCUCGAUAAGGGAAACAGCCUGUAUGUGAUGACAUAGCCUUGUCUUCAACACCACUCCACUCGCCAGCCAACACAUGCAUUCAUCCACCGCAGCACCAAUCCCUUCAUAAACAAUGUCCCCCUCCAGCGAAGCAUCGAUCCUCUUCACCCUCCCCCUCGAAAUCCGGCAACAAAUCUACACCAACAUCUACCCCAACCGCGUCGAACCCCUCAUCAUCCUGCGCAACGACACCUACAUCUCCCAACCGCUGCACCGCUGGUUCGACCACGCGGGCCCCAGCAUCCUUAGAACAAGCCGCGCCCUCUACCGCGAAGCCCUGCCCUUCCUCUACGCGCGCGCACACUUCCGCAUCCAGAUCUACGUCGGCGAUGGCUGGCCAAAAUACCAGUUCGCCGGGCCGGUGGACUGCACGAACAAGUUGCUGCGCAGCAUUCAGCAUGUCGAGAUUACGCUGCAUUUGUCGGCCGAUUGGCAUGUAGACAUUGCUUUGAAGAGGCUGAGAUUAUUGGCUGCUGCGCUUAGGGAGAACGGGCGGGACGGGGAGGGAGCGGCGCUGAAGACGUGGAAGGUGACGUUCAAGGCUGUGACGAGUUAUCAGAUGGCCGUGACUAGGGAGUUGGUAGCGAGUCGGAUUGCGGAUGUACUGAAGCAGCUCGAUGAGGAGGGACGGAACGAGGUCAGCAACCAGUUGUUCAGAGAGAUGUUGGCGGAGGGCCAAAUUGUGAGCGUGACCUGAGCAUGGAAGGAACAGAAGAGGACAGUGACGGAGCAGCUCUCGUUAUUCAUGGAUCGUGUCCCACGCAAUUCGGAGAGAGUUAUCAAUGGCAAUUCAACCAUUCGUCGAGCCCGGAAAUGUCAUCUCCACCGCAAGCUUCGUUCGAACUCGGACCCGACCCUCUCCAAACUUGGCGAGCCUGACGCCGGGAGCGCAAGACUGUAAAUGCUUAAGGACGCCCGCUAGCGCCCGCACAGUCACAGCCAAUCAAACCGCGCCGUGAUUCCUUGAAGUCACCACCACAGCCCAUGUCCAUAUCGCAAGAAAGACAUUUGACAACAAAAGGCAAGAAGACGAGGCAACAUAG